GUGAUCUCUGUCUGUCAAAUAAAUAAAUAAAUCUUAAAAAAAAAAAAAGAUCUUGAGCUAUUGCCCUGCACUGAAGCUGCCUCCUUGGGAAAGGGCUAUUCUCAACCUCAGUCAGUCCAAGCUAGCAGCUCUGUAGCUCAAUAGAGACCAGUAGCUGAUCACAGAGCAUAGCAAGGACAUUGAUCAAAAACUAACAUGCCUCCCUCCAACCCUGAGGCGGCCUAUCCUGCACUGGGCCUGGGAUCAGCUCUACUCAGCCAGUCAAUGGCUCAAGGGGGAAAUUUCUUAACUCCAGUGGAUGCCCAGAUGAUGAGCAGACACUGAGACACUGAAGCCAAGAGGUUGGGAGGGACAGAGGGAAGAGGCAAACCACUUUUUUAUUUAAUAAGCAUUUACUGAGGCUCCUCCUGAGCUAUGCUCUGAGGUGAACAAUGCUGGGGACACAGCAGUGACAAAGACAACUGCAGGCCCUGACUCACAGGCCUUGGUCCAGUAGAGGUAGAGAAACCUAUCUUCAGUGACAGCCUGGGGGACCAGGGGAGACGCCUGGUGAUUUAGAGGGCUUCUCAGAGAAUUCAUAAGGAUAACCAAGGGAAUACUGAGAAGAGCAUUCAAAGGCAAAUGUGUGCAUAGACAGAAGAGUGUGAAACAGACUGGGGAGUGGGAACACAGGGAUGGAAGGGUAGGCAGGCCAGAUGAUGCCAUCUUUGUUGCCAGGCUUCAUGGGCUGGACUUUGUCCCAAGGGCCCUGGGGAGUCAGGAGGGUUACAAGCAAGGGAGGGACAAAGUCAGGUUUGGCUUUAGUGAAAGUCCCCUGGCUACCUCGUAGUGAGUGUACCAGAGCGGGGAAACGGGCUGGGAGCCCAAGGGAAGCUAGAGUAAGGAAUCGCCACAGGCCGCUGGAGCAUGGCAGGACGAUAAAAACAGAGGAGGGGGCUGGUGACAAGGACAGUCUGGAAGCUGAGUGGAUGGGCCACCCGGCUGAGAGGCUGGAUGGGAGGGAGACAGUGAAGGGCGAGGCCCAGGGCCCUCGCUUGAAGAGGGUGGGCUCUGAGAUGGUGAUCGGGGAGGAAAUGCAGUUUGGGGGAGAUACAACAAGUGUGGGACCCAGUGGAUGGUACGGUAUCAGAGGAUUUCCAGGGAGCGGUGUCCAGGACACGUGGGGCCCGUGGUGGUGGUGAGAAGCAUGGAAAGAAGACAGCCAAGGACAGGGAUUAGGAAGGGCCCACCCCCUCAAACAAGUCCUGGGGCAGGCGGAAGAAUCGGCUAACAUAUGCAGCACAGCUGAUAGCUCUUGGGUGGAUAUCGCUUUCUCUUCUUUCGCAUCACGUCAGGACUGUGGGGGCGUCUCUCAGAAGAGGGGGCUACUGCGCAAGCGCAAGCCCCCGAAGCGCAUGCGCCCCUGGUUCCUGCUCCUGGGUCACGUGGCAGUCACGUGGUAAGCACUGCGGGAGCGCAACGGACUCCCAGCCGGCUCUGUAUUUAUUGCCCCCAAGAGGUCCUAUGUUUACUUCCAACUCCCUCAUAAGAAACCCCUAGGUGAUCCCUGCCCAGGAGCUGAGCGAGGAGGCCAGAGCCCACAGAUGCCCUCCCUGCGCUCUCGCUUCCCCAUGGAGCUGGGUUCUGUUAGGGAUCCAGAAGCCCAGCUGGGACGACUGCAUCGCCUGGCCGUGGCUGGGGGCCCAGGAUGGGGCCUCACGCGGCUCCUUCGAAGAGUUGUCCAGGUGGAUGGUGAGAACUCCGCUGGGCAGACGGGGCUCUUCCUCUCGGCGCUGCUGGGCCACAGCUCUGCUGUGCAGCUCUUGCUGACCUUUGGCGCCAACCCCAACCACCGCUGCCUUGAUGGCAGCACACCUGUGCACGCAGGCGCCUUCUCGGGCCGCAGCCUGGUGAUGCUACACCUGCUGCAGGCAGGGGGUGACCUGCGUCUGCAUGACCAGCAGGGUCGCACGCCUUGGGACUGGGCCGAGCAGGGUGGUGCCAAGCAGAGCUGGGAGGUGCUGGAGCUAUUAGAGCUGUGCCGAGCCCACAUGUCGGCACUAGUGCAUGACGCUGAGUUGGCGGUCAGUGCAUCCCUGGGCCAGUUGCAGGCCGGCUGUAGACACAGCCUGUGUGGCUCCCUGUCCUUGCCGCGGUGGGAGUGUGCGGACAGGGCACCGAGACGAGAGCGCAUCAGAAGACCCCCCCGAAUUCCAGCCUUGGGGUUUGGCCAGCUGAGCUGUCUGAGGCCACUGGGGCUGGUGACAGGCAUACCCCUUGCGGACCCCAAGGAGCUGCUGCCAGCCCAGGGCGAGCCCGACCGCACCUACGAGAGCAGCUCCCACACCCUCAUGGCCAACCUCUUGUGGAGGGGCCACUCCGUGACAGCUCGGAAGCUGAAGGCACCUGGAGCUCAGCCGGAUGUGCUGUUGGCUGACCUUCAGCACUGCAGCACCCUGCACCACCCUAACCUGUUGCUGCUGAUGGCACUGAGCCCCUCGGCCGACCUGUCGGAGCUAUGCCUCCUCUUCGAACCAGUGUGGCUGGGCUCCCUGCACGUGGUGCUGCACCCACGUGGGCCGAGUCCAGGAGGACCUCUCGCUGUGCCGGGGCUGCUGCCUGGCCACCUGCUGCUGCAGGUGCUGGAGGCGCUGCUGUUCCUGCAGGCCCGCUGGCACGCCCACGGUGGCCUUAGCUCUCAUGCCGUGCAGCUGGUCCGGCCAGGCCUGGCCAAAGUGAGCAGCCUGGAGCACGGGCGGCCCCUGCACCAACGCUGGCCGCAGCCCAGGCCACAGCAAGGCUACUCCUGGGGAGGCUUAGGCCCAGGGCUGCCCCCGCCUCCUGAACUGUACCCUUGGCUGCCACUUGAGCUCAUCUGCGGUGACAUGCCCGCUGCCACCUCAGAUCUCUACAGCUUCUGCAUCCUGGCCCAGGAGGUGUUCACCGGACAGCUGCCCUGGGCUGGGAGGAAGGGGCCUGAGGUGAAGGCUAAAUUGGAGGCAGGAGAGAGCCCGGCCCUGGAUCCCCUGGUGCCGGCCCCCUACCAGGCCCUGGUUCAGGCUGGGCUGGGCCUGGGGCCAGCCGACCGCUGGGGCAGCCUGCAGAACACUCGCUACCUGCUGCAGGAGGCCAUGGCCCAGGACUUGGCUCCUGAGGUGAGCUCCCGGAUGCACUGGACCACACGGUGCCCUGCAUCUGAGGAUUUCCUACCAGACACACUGUACUGUGAGGUGGCUCCCAGAACCAAGAUUCCACCCAGGCCUGUGCCCCCUGUGAUGUCCCUAGGCCUCUCCCCAUGCCAGGCCCUGAAGACUCCUGAGGUCACAGGCCGCGCCAGAGUCCAGAGGGCCCCAGCCUGGGACUCAGGCAGCAGCUUGACUCUAGGCAGCAGCCCGAGUCCCGGCUCCAGCCUCUACCCAGGCCCCAGCCCUGCAGCCCGGGUCAGCCUGCACCACUGCCUGGAGCCCAGCUCGACGGAGCCCAGUACCGAGCUGAUGAGAGGAUGUCUCUUCUCCAGCCUGCAGAAGAUGGACCUGCUGGAGGAGAUCAUAGCGGAGCUGCGGGAUGGAUGCCCACUCGGAGACAAGCCCAGCCUCCACCCCGCUCCUGAAACCGAUUCUUAGAGUGCCUGUGACUGCCUUUCUGCAGACACCGCCCCUCAGAGCCUCCCAGGACGGACUUCCCAUGCAGCACUUGCUGAAAUGAUAACGUGAUAAAGCAA